CAUUGUGGGAUCGCGCCUUCCCACGUGUCUCGCUCGGCAGGGGCAGCAAUAUGGCAGCUACCUGAGAUUGGAGGAGCUGCUGAACGACACGCAGGCACUCAUUUGAUACAAAAGUAACACGGGGAGUUUAUACACCAGCCACCAAGGGAACCGAAGCAAGAAUUCACACAGAUCACGCCUGGGAUUGUACAGCAGAAGCCUGACCUUACUCACACUUUAUCAGAAAUCCCCUCAAUAUGGCCAGUGGGGAAGAUGAUGACCCAAUUAUACAAGAGGUUGAUGUCUAUCUUGCCAAAAGUCUUGCAGGCAUGCUCUACCUUUUCCAGUAUCCAGUGCGUCCCGCUACUAUGACCUACGAUGACACGCCACACUUGUCUGCCAAGAUCAAGCCAAAGCAGCAGAAGGUGGAGCUGGAGAUGACGAUCGACACCAUGAGUCCAAAUUACUGCCGCAGCAAAGGGGAGCAGAUAGCCCUCAACGUGGACGGCACUACCUCCGAGGACUCCAACACCUACUCCAUGAAGAUGAUGGACAAGCAGACCUUCUCCUCCAUCCAGGCCACUACCAACACCUCACGUUACGCUGCAGCCGUCUUUCGUAAAGGGGAGCUCCACCUCACCCCCUUGCAGGGGAUCCUGCAGAUGCGGCCCAGCUUCUCCUAUGUGGACAAAGCAGACACCAAGCACCGUGAGAGGGAGGCUGCCAAUGAAGGUGGGGAUUCCUCCCAGGAUGAGGCUGAGGAAGACGUCAAGCAGAUCACGGUGCGGUUCUCGCGGCCGGAGUCGGAGCAAGCGCGCCAGCGGCGCAUCCAGUCGUACGAGUUUCUGCAGAAGAAGCAGGCAGAGGAACCGUGGGUUCAUCUGCACUACUACGGUAUCAAGGAUGGGCGCUCGGAGCACGAGAGGCAGUACCUGUUCUGCCAGUCGAUGGGCAUGUCCGAGAACACGGAGCUGGUGAAGACUCGCAGCGAGUACCUGUCUAUGCUGAUGCCCCCUGUCACAGAGGAGAAGAUCGUAAAGCCGGUGGGGCCCAGUAACGUGCUGUCCAUGGCCCAGCUGAGGACCCUGCCCCUCGGCGAUCAAGUGAAAACUCUGAUGAAGAACGUGAAGGUGAUGCCGUUCGCCAACCUGAUGGGCUUGUUGAGCCAGGGCACGGACUCAACGGCAGUACUGCGGUGCAUCCAGCAGGUGGCGAUGCUCGUGCAAGGCAACUGGGUCGUCAAGAGCGACGUACUCUACCCCAAAGACAGCUGCAGUCCGCACAGCGGCGUUCCCGCGGAGGUGCUCUGCCGCGGGAGGGACUACGUGAUGUGGAGAUUUACCCAAGAGCGCUCAGUAAUGCGGAAAGAGGUUGCAGCCAUCAUCAAGCUUCCUCCAGAAGAUGUGAAGGACUUUCUGGAACAGAUGUCUGUUGCUCGGGUGAACCGUGGCUGGGAAUUCAUUCUCCCGACCGACACGGAGUUUGUGAAGAAGCACCCAGACGUGGCUCAGCAUCCAGACCAAGUAUGGUGGUGGUGGGGAUGGUGGGGAUGUUGGUCUUUGUUGGAAAAGGUGUUCAAUCUCUCAAAGGAAGAUAUGAUGAUAAAAAAGGUUGAUCCUCCAACAGCGGUGCAUGUGACUGGGGAUCAGCGGAUCAAGGCUGCCCGCGAUCGUGCCCGAGAGAACCAGGCCUCGCUGCAGAAGGAGCACUCGCAGCGGAAGCGGGGGGCCGCGGGCACCAGCCUGCGGGUCAAGGAGGAACCUGUGAGCGACGGCGAGGAACCCAUGGACACCUCCUUGCCCAACGGCUCACUUAACGGGCACCCGGAUGACGAUGACGGGCCUCCCGCGGACACCCUCAACGGGCAUAGUUUGCACACGCCUAGCCAAGAGCUGCAGGACUUCGUGGAAGCCACCUUCCGGAAGCACUUUGUGCUGACGCUGAGCGAGGUGAAGAGGCUCUUCAACCUGCACCUGGCCAGUCUGCCCCCCGGGCACAGCCUGUUCGGGGGCAUCUCGGACCGGCUGCUGCAGGACGCCAUCCUCCUCUGCCGCUGCCGUCAGAUCCUGGUGCCUUUUCCUUCGCAGAGCUCAGCCGCAGCAGACGAGCAGAAGGUUUUUGCUGUAUGGGAAACGGGAGAGACCUUCGAUAAGUAUCGACAGGUCCUGUUCGAGAUCUUCAUGAAAAACUACCGUGUCAGGAGGACCCUGGUGCAGACGCGGCUGACGCAGGAGCUGGGCAACGGAGUCACGAAGGCUGACAUCGACAGGCUUCUCAAGGAAUGCUGCGUCAGUUACGGAAGCAUGUGGUACCUGAAAGGCACUGUGCAUUCCUGACACCGAGGGAAAGGCCCGGCCGGAUCCGUCAUCCAGUAAUCUCCUCCUCAGCUGAGUGGGGGGAGUUCUUCAAGGGAGUGCGGAGCUGAAUCACGGACCAAUCACUGCCCUCUGCGUCCCGCCUCCAAGACGGGGGCUGGGGGGAUAAAGAUGCCAGUUGUCUGCUCCAGACUGUGUGCCAUUCAUUUACCUGAAGUCACGGUUGUGCUUGAUGCAGACUGGCAGGGAAACGGUCUAAGUCCACGAUCAACACCUAGCUUAUUCGCAGAAGCGCUGGAGGCCUGAAAGCUGUCAAUGUUUGUGUAGCAUGAAGAAUUGGACAUGCACAUGCAAUUCAAAUACAAGUUUGAAUUCAUGAGACAUCUAACCCCUCAAACUGAAUGCCAGGGGAAUACAGUUAGCUAAUUAAACUAUUAAUAGUCAUGAGAUUUUACCCUGCUUGUGGCCUUUGGAAGACUAUGAAGUCGUCAGGUUUUACCAUACCUUUUUCCAACGAUUUCACUGCGGGACUGUGAUCACGCUUUUGUUGAGGACCUUAAAUCAUUAAUUCCUUGUCAUUAGAGGCACAUUUUCAAAUUUUUUUUUGUUCCGUUUUCUGCCUCUUGCGUGGUUAGGCUGAGCCUCACGGAACCGACGUGUUUACUGUUGGCGCCCCCUGUCUGCACACCGGUGACGCGGCCUGGUGGGCGAAGCCUUGGCUGUCGUGACUCGUGUCAGUGGACCGAUGCUACAGGCGGCUAAUUCUCUGUGCAUCGUCUGGUGAAAUUGGAAUUGGCUGCGGUUGUUCAAAAGUCACUUUGAAUCUCUGGAUCUCAUGUUUACAAAAUGCACUUUGCUAUUCUGACUUUUCAUACUGUAUGGCAAAUAAGUUCUGAACAACGUAACCAAAGUAUAACAGCACAGGCCAGAAGGGUGGAUGUAGGCCAAGGGAAAAAGGUUGUUUUUUUUUUUUUUUUUUCUUCAAAUAGGAUAAUCAGUGGUUUAUUUUUAAAUGACGUACCAGGACCUCUUGGCUUAGGGAAUGCUUUCCUGAGCCAUACUAAUAGUUUGGUAAUAACAGGAGGGAAAAAAACAUAGUUUUAUAUGGCUAGUUAAUUCAUUUGAGCCCCUGUUCUUGUUGUUUUGAGACCCAGCCAUUAAUUGCAUCGUUCAUGCCCUGUUUUGAUUUGCAUAGGUUAAAAAAAAAAAAAAGAAAUUAUUAAAAUCAUUGGUGUUCAGAAAAAAUAAUUUCUGACCCGACUGUGGCUGUCUGUUGGGGCCUGCUUAAAAUAUAUUUUAUAAUAUGCAACUGAGACACUAUGCUAUUCAGGGAUUCUCUGCCCUGAACCAGAGAAGCUUGUUAGCUGCCAGUGUUAGGGGGCCUGCUGCCUGAUCAGUGAUUCGUUGAACCUGGCUUUGAUACAGGGCUUGCAUCACUUCCUGUCGGGUACCUCAAAUGCGCCGGGCAAGAGGUUGACUCCUAUUCUGAGAUGUUGUCCUUUAUUUUCUUGACAGUCUACAGUCCAGAGGUUAAUACUGUUAUGCAGUUGGCUGUUGUUGUGCCUCCAUUCUUUACUGGUUUACAAGCGAGGGGUAAGUCUGGUUUUGUUCAAACCAUCAAACCAAAAUGAGAUGGGCCUUAACUGAAAACCUUAGUUCCACGAAAGAAAAGCUGUGAUGACAUGUUCGUAUUUUGUUUUUGCACCCAGAAGACUUGAGAGUGAUGUACAGUUGUGUAAAUACAUAGAUUUAUAAUUUUUUUUUUUUAUUAUUCUCUGAAGUGGGCUGGUGAUGAGUAGGCAGCAAAGGCUGUUUAGUGACUCUAGGGAUGUCCCAAAGAGGUCAGAGGGUGAAAGUGCCUCAAAUCACUCAUUACACACAGAUUGAGUGAGGGCUUCAUGGAAACUCCCCAUUUAAUUAUGAAUUAUUUUUUUCUUCCCAUUGAUCCCCCCCCCCCCAUUUGGUGUUUGUGCUACAUUGGUGGCUAAGAGAAGCAUUUAAACCUU